UCUUGUUAGGACCAUGAGGAAAGUUUCCACUGUGAGUGUCAGAGCGCAGGGCACUUGCGGGUCCAGAUUUUUAGGCGUUGCACCCCAGAAUGGUUUUUGCGUGACCGCAGCGGGGACUGUGAUGGAUGGAGACGUAGAUGGAGGUAAGAGAUCUGUGAAAGCCGUCAGAAAGAGGGGCGUGGAUGGACGGGUGCGCCGCUUUGAGGAGAUCCCCCACACGGGGAGGAACGGUUGGAUCAACCUGGUGAAGUUCUGGAGGGAUAAUCGUUUCCAGCAGCUCCACAAGCACAUGGAGGGGACCUUCAACGCCCUUGGCCCCAUCUACAGGGAGAGCGUGGGCACUCUGAACAGUGUGAACAUCUUGAUGCCAUCGGACAUCAGCGAGCUGUUCCAGUCGGAGGGGCUGCACCCUCGGCGGAUGACCCUGCAGCCGUGGGCAACGCAUCGGGAGACACGCAACCACAGCAAGGGACUCUUCCUCAAGAAUGGCGAGGAGUGGAGAUCUGACCGCCUCCAGCUCAACAAGGAGGUGAUGUUGAGUGCCGCCGUGAAGCGCUUUCUGCCCCUCCUUGAUGAAGUGGCGAAGGACUUCUGCAGAAUGCUGCAGAUGAGAGUGGAGAGGGAGGGAAGAGGAGAGGAGGGGAAGCGCAGCCUCACCAUCGAUCCCAGUCCUGACCUUUUCCGAUUCGCGCUGGAAGCCAGCUGUCACGUCAUUUACGGAGAGCGUAUUGGCCUCUUCUCCUCGUCUCCUUCCCCGGAGUCUCAGAAGUUCAUCUGGGCAGUGGAGCGAAUGCUGACGACCACCCAACCUCUCCUCUACCUCCCCCUUCGCCUGCUGCUCCGAAUAGGUGCCCCUUUGUGGACCCAGCACGCCACAGCAUGGGACCACAUCUUCAGUCAUGCUGAGGCGAGGAUCCAGAAGGCCUACCAGCGCCUGACGUCCUCCCAGGGUCAGGGGUCUUUGAGCGGGGGCCAGUACACUGGAGUUCUGGGGCAACUAAUGGAGAAAGGGCAGCUAUCUUUAGACCUGAUCAAAGCUAACAUCACUGAGCUGAUGGCUGGAGGCGUUGACACGACAGCCGUCCCCCUGCAGUUUGCUCUGUUUGAGCUGGGACGCAACCCAGAGGUUCAGGACAUGGUUAGGCAGCAGGUGAGGACAUCAUGGGCGCAGGCGGGCGGGGAUCCUCAGAGAGCCCUGCAGGGGGCACCGCUUCUGAAAGCCACAAUCAAAGAAGUUCUCAGGUUGUACCCAGUGGGGAUAACGGUGCAGAGGUAUCCAGUCAAAGAUAUUGUUCUCCAGAACUACCACAUACCUGCAGGGACGAUGGUCCAGGCCUGUCUGUACCCGAUGGGGAGGAGUGUCCUGGUGUUCGAGGAUCCACUGCGCUUCCAUCCCAGCCGCUGGAUCAGCAGCAGGGAGGACGGCCGGAGAGGGGAGGGGGCCGCGUUUCGCUCACUGGCCUUUGGGUUCGGGGCGAGGCAGUGCGUCGGGAGGAGGAUCGCUGAGAACGAGAUGCAACUGCUGCUCAUGCAUAUCCUGCUGAACUUCCAUCUCAGCGUGCCGUCCUCAGAGGACCUGAAAACCACUGUCACCCUCAUCCUGCAGCCUGAGACGCCACCAAAGAUCAGCUUCAGCAAGCUCUGACACAAACAUGGACGUGCGUUUUGAAUCGGAAACAUUUAUUCACACAGUUUAAUCU